GUACCCUGAAGAAACCUUUUUCUCCUAAACAAAACCGGUAAGAAAAGACAUCACACCAUGUCCGUUAUUGUUAGCUUUGGUCCUACAGAGCCAACCAGAGAGAAGAACAAGUAGUAGUAGUAGAAGAAGAUCAGAGAUUAACAUUAAUCAUUAGAGACCAUGGGGAAAGUCUUGAAAGCUUAUCAAGAACAAUGGGUUUAACUCUGUUCUCGAUCACGUGAUCUUGAAACUUUCUCUCCUCUUCACGGUGGUCCAUGGAGAUGGAUGUUGAAUCCGUGCUUCAGUUUCUCCGACGUAACGGCUUAACGGAGGCUGAGUCUGCUCUGAGAGACGAUAUCAACGAGCAAAACCAACUCAUUUCUUUUGACUUCGAGAAGUUUCUGUUUCCUAUUCCUCCGCCGAUCAGAAUCACGGCGAGUCCUCUCCCUCAUCCUCCUGAUUCCUCCAAGUCUUCUUCAGACGAAGAGUUCGUCAGCUUGGACUCUUUCACUUCCGGGUUUGUGAAUCCGUAUGGAGAUGGUUCAUCAUCAUCAUCAUCUGAAUCCAUGUCUCAGUUUGGUACGGCGCGUACAUAUCAGGAGUGGAGUGAGUUUUACUUACAGACCAAAGAAGAGACAGAGGAAGAUGAGUUCAUGUCUCCUUCAUUUACAGAAUCCGAUUUCUUCAUCUUCCCUGCACAUACGCAGGACAAGUUCAUCACAGAUAACCAAUUCGAGAAUAAUAAUCUUGGUGUCUACGAUAAAUCAUCACAAGGAUCUCAAACCGAAGCAAGUCUUGAUUACUUAGAUAAGACCUUUCUUAUCAACAAUCUUGAGGACGACUCUAAAGAAUACUUCGGUCUUGAAAGAGAGUGUUUUGAUGGGGAGUUAUUGGGGUUUAGUUGUGAAGAAGAUGCAAAGGUGAAUGUAACAGAUGAAGAGGUUGAUGUUGUUCAAGAUCUUGUAGAAGAUGAGUAUGAAGUAUUUGAUCUAAGAAUCAUUCACUGGAAAAAUAGGACGGGGUUCGAAGCAAAUAAGGAUCUGCCAAUUGUGCUUAAUUCAGUGAUUGGGGGAAGAUACUACAUUACAGAAUACAUUGGUUCAGCUGCAUUUAGCAAGGUGGUUCAAGCGCAGGAUCUACACAAUGGGGUCGAUGUUUGCCUCAAGAUUAUCAAGAACGACAAAGAUUUCUUUGAUCAGAGUUUAGAUGAGAUUAAACUCCUUAAACAUGUUAAUAAGCAUGAUCCUGCUGAUGAACAUCACAUCUUGCGUCUCUAUGAUUACUUCUACCACCAAGAACAUCUGUUUAUUGUGUGUGAGCUUCUACGUGCAAACUUAUAUGAGUUCCAAAAGUUCAACCAAGAAUCUGGAGGAGAACCAUACUUUAACUUGAGCAGACUUCAGGUUAUAAUGAGACAAUGUUUGGAAGCCCUCGUGUUCCUUCACGGACUAGGAAUCAUACAUUGCGAUCUUAAACCAGAGAAUAUACUAAUAAAGAGUUACAAAAAAUGCGCGGUAAAAAUCAUUGAUCUUGGAAGCAGUUGUUUCCGCUCUGACAACUUGUGUUUGUAUGUGCAAUCACGUUCCUAUAGAGCUCCUGAAGUGAUUCUUGGACUUCCAUAUGAUGAAAAGAUUGAUUUGUGGUCUCUUGGGUGUAUUUUAGCAGAGCUCUGCUCUGGUGAGGUUCUGUUUCCAAACGAAGCAGUAGCGAUGAUAUUGGCUCGGAUUGUUGCGGUUUUAGGUCCUAUAGAAACGGAGAUGCUAGAGAAAGGUCAAGAGACUCAUAAAUACUUCACCAAAGAGUUUGAACUAUACCACUUGAACGAGGAGAGCAAUGAGAUUGAAUACAUAAUUACAGAAGAAUCUUGCUUGGAAGAUCAGUUACAUGUUAGUGAUGAAUUGUUCUUAGAUUUUGUAAGAAGUCUACUUGAAAUCAAUCCGUUGAGACGUCCUACAGCUCUUGAGGCACUUGACCAUCCUUGGCUCUCUUCUUCUUCUUACAAUUGAUUUUGAGUUUUUCUUGGCUUCUUGUGUUUGCCUGUUUUUCUGAUUUUUUUGUUUCUGCUCUGUUUUUUUUUUUGGUUUAUGAUGGUGUAUUUUUGUCGCUUUAAUCUGGUAAUUGUGAAAGUAUAUGUGUAUAGAACUGUUUACAUUGUUUUCACAUUGUAAAUAAAAGUUUUUUUGGCAAUAACAUAAUUUUGGUUAAUAAUAUCAAAUAUAUUGA